AUGUUGAAACAGGCAACUACCAAAGCCUUUGGUCCUCGCACUUGUUUGUCUAUGUUUCUUUCCAUCAAAGCCCGACCUGUCCAUGCGGAGAAAGUGGCAGCUGCGGAUGUGAACUCGGAUUCCGAUUCUGAUGACUCCUUGCUGGAGGACGUCUCCCACAAGUUCACCAAAGUGACCGUCAAAGGGAAGACGAAGAUCAAGAAGCAACCUCCAAAGUCGGCUGUGGCACCAACUCUGGAGCAUGACGGUCCGGUUCUCACCCCUGCGCAGCAGCGCCGUGCGAAGGAAGCGGAGAGGAAGAAAAAAAUGGACUUGGAGAACAACGUUCCUAGUCCCUUGUUCAUUAUGGUGUUACCAGGUGAGAUGGAAGGGACCUACUUGUUCAUCAGUAGGCUGAAAUAUGCGGCCUUGGCAACGAAUGUACUGAAUGGACUGGUCCCAUUCUUUACGCAUCAUUUGGGGGAGUUGACGACUACUCAAGCUAAUAGGGUGAUUGCGAAGUGGCUGUCCAUGUCUCUGAUCCAUACGACACGCCGCAAGGAACUUGUGUGGUGCUUGGAGACUUUACGGGCUCGACCAUCGGACCAAACCCUACAAGGCAUUGAUGAAGCUAUCGAUUUCCUUGAUGGAUUUGGGUCUGACCCACUUGACGUCGCCAAAGCUAAGCUGGAAUUCGAUAUGGAAAUGGCUGAUGCAAAAGAUAUCGAUGAUGGAGCUACAGUAGCAGGCGCCAUGGAUGAGUUACUUGAGAAGGAUAGCCAACUGGAAGCGGCAAUCACUGAAAUUGAGUUUAAGGAGACUAUUUUGGUUGAAAAGAGCAGCGCUUUGGAAGCUGAACAAAUUCGGUCUGAGUCCCUGGCCAACGAACUCGCGGCUCUGCGCCUCCUGCAACAGACCAUUUCGAGCCAAGCGGCGCAGCCGGCUGUGCCUCCUCAACCUGCAGCCACGGUUCCCUUUCCCCAGGACAGGUCAGAGUCAGCAGCUUCCGAUUCUGUCGCGAAGGAGCCAACUCCGCCGGCUACUCCAGCGCAAUCAGCCAAGUCAAGCCCGCUUACGGCUCCACUACCGAGCUCGCCACCUCGGGCUACUGAGACCAUCGCCAACCAACCUCCGCCUCGAGACACCACCGCUGCUGCUUUUUGGAGGGAACUUGUGACUCCGGAUCACACAGCACGGAUGCUGUCGAACUCGGACCAUAGCAAUGCGUUGGACCCAAGCUCUGGUCCAGGGUCCUCUACUCCGUCUCUGGCCAGUUUUCGGGUCUCUGACAAUCCCUCGGAUGGUUCCCCAUCCCCGGUCUUCCCCAUCUUCCGUCAUCCUCAACACUCUCCUCCUUCUGACCGUACUAAGGGUAAACGAAGGAAGAAGAAGCCACCGGCCAGCGGUGGAGCCUCUCGCUCCACGGCAGGGCCAUGA